UCAGGGUGGAACAUGUUUCGCGGCGGAGAGUUGCCUUUCCUGCCUGUGACGUCAGGCUGGCGAUCUGGACUCGAGCGCGAAAGGUGCAUCCGCCGCGCCGCAAGGGCAUACAUAAGCCAACGCCCACCUCGAGUCCCUGUCCAACGACCCCUCCCGUGUUUUAACCUGUGCCAGCGACUAUCCUGGUACCGGCCACCCCUUUCACGGCCUCGAUUCCCUUCUACGUGGUUUCCACGACAUGAACGACUCAGUCUCGCUGUCGCGUGCGACGUCCGUCUCGCGCGGAAGCAGCAAACACGGCUCGGCUCUCUCGCGUCAGCAGUCCCUAAUCAAAAAGAACAUUGCACCACACGACCUGCGCCCCUCCGACAUCCUCAUUGAACGCUUCACAGCAUGGAAAAUCAUUUUGAAGCAGCUCAUUGCCUACUUCGAGGGUCUCGCAGACAUUGAAAACAAUAUUGCCAAGGAGAUGACGAAACUCGGUGCCGUGAUCCAGGUGCCUUUCCGUGCUGGGAAUCAAUUUCUGGGCGAAGGCGGACUUCAGGACGUUUACUAUCAAAUUCGAGAUAAGACACGCGCCAUUGCAGACCAACAUGCCAAUCUAGGCAGAACUAUCGACGGCUCGAUUGUCCAGCAUUUGCAGAAGCUCAAGGUCGAAAUCAAAGCACACAUUAGGAACAUCCAGAAUGACACCGGCAAGCUUGCCACCUCCGUCGCCAAGGAGCGCGAGCUGUCCGCCAAGUUCAUCGGCGACCUUGGAACCAAUAUCUCUAUUCUCAAGAACACUCCGAUGAGUGUGACGGCGAAGACCGACCCUUAUGUAGCAAACCAGUUGGUCUACCGUCAACUCGUGAAGCAAGUCCACACAGAGAACGCGCUUCAGAAGUCUCUUCUCCUCACGCAGUCCUCAUCCGCUCUUUUCGAAUCCUCAUUGAUCCAAGCCCUGCAGUCAGCGUGGGCGACGUACGAAGAAUGGCGCUCCCGCAUGGACUCGAGCAUUCAGGAUAUCUGGAAAACACUUGAGCGGUCCAUGGGCGCCCUUGCUCCUGAUCGAGAGUGGAUUGCUUUCGCCGCGCGCGAGGAUCAUCUCAUUGACCCUGAGACGCCUCUUCGUGACGUCGAGAACAUCCACUAUCCAAGCAAAGAUGACCCCAGCGUUCUGCCCGUGCACACCGGGCUCAUAGAGCGCAAAAAGCGGUACACUCGCACGUAUCGGGAGGGAUACUACGUUCUGACUCCGGCGGGCUUCCUCCACGAGUAUACCUCUAGUGACCCUGCUCUCGCGGAUAAACCCGUCUUCAGCCUCUUCCUUCCUCUAUGCACUCUUGGUCCACCGAGUGCGCCUUCGGUGCCAUCCCACAAGUUCCAUAUCGAAGGACGGAAGGAUGGAACUGGAUCAGUCAAGACUGGAUCUUUCAAGAACCUCGCUGGAUCCCUCACCGGUCGCAAGGGGUCAGGUCCCGCCUGGACGUUCCGUGGACGCUCGCAUGAUGAUAUGAUGGAGUGGUGGAACGAUAUCCGCAUGCUUUGCGCUCGCUACCUCGUGGCCAGCGAGAGCAUCGAGCGUAGUGGACCGGUUGCCGCCGCUGUCCGUGCUGUUGGUUAUGUCAGUGAGGAAGAAGGGGACGAUUCGGAAGGCGAAGGGUCCAGCGUUGAAGAGGAACGUGACCAGGAGGACGAGGAGAUCUACCAGCAGGCACGCGGUGUCGACCAUGGCGAAGAAGGCGAGGAAGACCUUCCGCAGUAUGAACAUGCUAGGCAAGGUAACGGCAACGGCCAUUCGGUCGAUAAGAAGCCCUAUCCAGAGCACGGUUAUGAUCAUGACGAGAGUGCAGCAGGUGGUCACGCUACGAAUGUUGUCCGGAAGUCCAGUCUGCGCCAGCAGGAGAAGGCUCCUGAGGGACGGGCUCCCCAUGUCCCUCACGAGGAUGAUCCUCCCGCAGGAGGCACUGAUACGGACGAUGAGUACGAGCCUGCCGCUGGGGCUCAUGCCGAGGAUUCCGGCAACGAGGCCGGUCCUGCUCCCACGGACAGCCGUUACACGGAAAACCUGUAAAGCUUUCGCGCGCCUGCUCUCACCGCUGGACUUCUCUUUUCGUGCGUUUUAUUCCUCGACAAAUGUUUCUCUUCAUGAUUCUCUAGGCCUGCGGUUGUGAUAUCGUUCAGUAAUACUUAUUAUACUUAACGUGUAUGAUGUCUUUGUUGUAGGCAUAACUCGGCUCCAUUUCCUGUGUCAAAUAGCUCCUGUUGUUUUGCGUUGUUUUAUCGCGUGAAGUCUCGGAUGUAUCAUAGUAUUAAAGCUCUUGCCCUUCCGCGUUUGCGUAAUUUUUUUGCAACUGG